GCCCGUUGUCCACCACCAAGAAGCCAGCAUGGGCCGCCGCAAGAAGUCGACCAAGAAGAUCGUGACGCGCAAGAAGCAGGUCGUGAGCCGCGUCUUCAAGUGCCCGUUCUGCUCGCAUGACGAGAGCGUCGAGUGCAAGAUGGACCGCGACCGCAACAUUGGCCAUCUCUCUUGCCGCGUCUGCAGCGAGUCGUUCCAGACCAACAUCAAUUAUUUGAGCGAACCCAUCGACGUGUACACCGACUGGAUUGACGAGUGCGAAGCGCUCCAUAACGAGCAGGCGAGAUAGAUAAGGACGAUGCUACAAUUACGUGGAUGCCUUCGUCUC